GUCUUUCAAAACUUGCUUCGAGUUGUGGACAGUGUUCAACGCUAGCCAAAAUGAAUCCUCCGUGUGCCAGGUGUAAAAAGACUGUUUACCCAACAGAAAAGCUAAGCUGCUUGGACAAAACAUGGCACAAAGGCUGUUUUACAUGCGAAACUUGCAACAUGAAGCUAACUAUGAAGAAUUACAAAGGCUAUAACAAGUUGCCCUACUGUCAAGUGCAUUAUCCGACAACGAAGUUCACUGCUGUUGCUGAUACGCCAGAAAAUCGUAGAUUAGCCAAAAAUACACAACAACAAAGCAAUAUAGUGUACCACAAGGAUUUUGAAAGUGAGAGAGGAAAGUAUACUGUUGUUGAAGAAGACCCAGAAAUUGCUAGAUUGAAAAAGAACACACAACAAACCAGUGAUCUGGCAUACAAGGGCCAGUUUAAGCAAGAUGCGCCAGAUCAACCUUACAGGCCUCAGGUUCCUCAACAGCAGCAACCUCCACCAGCUCAUGUAGCUGCUGCCCCUCCCGUUGCUGCCCCUCCUGCAGCUGCACCAGCCCCACCACCAUCAGGACCAAAGUAUGUGGCAAUCUACGAUUAUUCUGCAGCUGAUGAUGAUGAGAUUUCGUUUCAAGAAGGUGAUGCUAUUGUAGAUGUAGAACGCAUAGACGAGGGUUGGAUGACAGGUCGUGUAGAACGCACUGGAGAACAUGGAAUGCUUCCAGCAAAUUAUGUCGAACAAGUGUAAGAUUUACUGAGUAAUAUCAUUCAAAUUAAGCCCGGUAACGCUUGCAAACUAACUCUCAGGCUUGGCAUAAUCUCCCCGUUAACCAGCAUGGUAGAUUUCAUGGCCUAACUCGUAUACCAAAAUCACGAAGUACCCUUGAAAGCAAUUGUUGUUAAGUAAGAAUAUUCCCACUUUUCUUAUUUUUGUGUUGAAGAAUCUAAUUAGCAUUUUUGUUUUCUGAAUCAGAAGUGUUGUGCAACAAAGAUGGGGUACUUUGGUUAUGCACCUAGAUACGAUUGGAUUUCAGAUAGCAAUAUAUAUGCAAACACGCCCUCUUUUUUGUUACUUGCAUGUUAGGUCCGUUUUGUAAUCACAUAAUUGCUUGCAGUAUUUUUAUAAUUAUAUAUGGAAUUUUGCAAAGCUAUGAUUUUGUCGAUAUGGUAGAUAUAUAUUGCAGGGAAGUCGCAGUUUAUUUCUUGACGUAUGCAUAUUACUGAAUUUCAAAGAUAUUAAGUUCAAAAAGA